UGAAUUAGCAAAGUUGCGAUUUUCUUUUCGUGUUAUGCAAGCACAGCUGAAAAUUUAAGACUUUUUCAUCGAAAUUCCCCACAAAAAUCCAGCUGAAUGAGACUUUCGGAUAUUUUGAAGGCCGCACAACGGCUUCAGGAUUUGCCUCCUGAAGGCGGAUACGAGAAAAUUGUGUACAAACGCGUGCCAGUCAAGACUUAUUUCAGCGGCAGGCAAAUGUUCAUCGGUUACGUUGGCAUCACAAUUGGAGCCUUGUACUUGUUUUACUUGAACGACAAGAAGCUUCAUUGCGAAGAUAUCGAAAACAGAUCUGCCGUGAAUGUCUUGUAUCCGAUUCUCUUGGCGGAACGCGAUCGGGAAUACCUCAAGCAACUUCGUCGUAAUCGUGAUGAGGAAGCUGAACUCAUGAAGAACGUCAAAGGAUGGGAAGUUGGAACGUGGUACGGUGAACCAGUCUACAAAUUAUUGCCAAAGGAUACCUUGGUUGACCCACAUUUCUCUGAUUUCUAUGCCCAUUGCGAGAGGAAGCAUCUUAUGCGUCGUUACAACUUGAAGAUGUGGAAUUAAGCAACAUCUGUUUGUUCAUUUAUUCGAUUAUUGAGGAGAAAAUAUAAAAAAAUUGUGUAGCAA